AUGCUCACCCCGAUCCAUGGCGUGAUGGACUUGUCCUUUGCCCCUGGCAAGGAUCAAGAGCUGUCCGAUCUGCCGUUUGAGAGGUCAAUGUUGCAGGAGCUGGCGCCAGAGGAGGUGCGUGAGUUGAACGUGACGCAUGCGCAGGUGCUCAGCCUCACCUCUGCCCCUGGCGCCCUCAUCAACGAUGUGCUGCGGUACGUCACAGUGCUACACGCGGCACACAACCAUGUUAGCAGUCUUCACGGCAUCGAGGCAUUUACCUCGCUUGAAGUGCUCGACCUCAGCCACAACUACCUCCGGGUCGUGGACGCACAUGGGGCAUCGCUGCUCAGAACGCUGAAGCAGCUGCGCACGGUAGAUUUUUCGUACAACAGCAUGAGCCUGCUCGAUCUGAACGUCUCUGUCGGGGCGCCUUCCUCGCGCCUCUCCGGGGUAAGCGCAGGUGCGACUCCUGCGUUUUCCACGAGCAUCCCCGGUGGUGGCAACGGGCGCCUUUCCUUCGCUGCCGACUCAUCCGACGGUUUUCUGUCUCUGACGGCGAUAAACCUAUCGCACAACGCAUUUUUAGACUUGCCAGACCUGCGCAGUGCACCGUAUCUGCAGGUGCUGAACAUGGGCCACAACAAGCUGGACGCCCUCGCCGAGCUCGACACCCGCCUGCCGCUUCUCUCGCUGCACUCACUCGCGUUGCACUCGAAUCAGCUACGGACCGCUACGGUGCUGCUGCCCUUGUGCGCCCUGGCGGCCACGCUCAAGCACAUACAGGUCUUUCGCAACCCAUUCACGCUUGUGCAAAGUGGCCCAAAGGCAAACAUUAGAAACACCGUCAAUAGCGGACGCGCCGACCUGCCGGGGGGUGGACUGGAUGAGUCGAUGUGGUGGCGCCCCUUCCUGCUGUGGCUCUGCCCGCUGCUCGUCACUGUUGACCACGCGGAGUUCACGGCGAGUGAGCGGCGAGUGGCGGCCAUCAUGCUGUUCCGAGAGAACGGCUCCCUCUCCAGGUCUCGUAUGGAGUACAUGAACCUGCAGCGGAAGGACGACCUGGAGGCGUACCUGCGGCGCAACAGCGAGUUCGCCACGCCCCCACAGGAUGCCAUGGCCAUCAUAGACAACAUUGAGCGACAGGAGGAGAGCCUGCAGGAGUACUCGGGCGUCGCGUGGGACAGCGACGCUGAGGGGGCCGGACAGGUGGUGGUGCCCAGCUCCCGCAUGAACCCCUCCGGGAUUCGCGGGGCGGCACCAGCGCCCCGCCACUCCAACGGCACCCUGAGCACAUCACCGAACAUGUACCCUGAUCCCGCCCCACUGGAAGUUGUUGGGUCACCCCCUCCAGGGACGACGUCGAUGGCGCAGUUCUCGUACGGCGCAGGGGGUGCGGCGAGUCGAUCCCCAUCUGGCGCUCGUGUUGUGGUGGUUGCCCCGGAAACACUGUUCACCGUGAACCCUAGCUCCAGUGGCGUGCUAAACACAAACCACAACCACCAGCGCGCCCACUCGGCCUCCAUGAUGAACGUUGUCCGGGCGCUACAAAGGAAACUGCGGUCAGUAGAGGAGGUGGUGGCGGUGCUGUGGCACGCUGACCUGUCGCGACGCACCAGGGCCGCCAUCGUCAUUCAGCGCGUCAUGCGCGGCGCGUUGGCGCGCAUGCACCUAUCCGAGGAGGAUGCGGAGAGCUGUCGCUUCAUUCGAUACCAGCUGCAACAGGUGACUGCCGCCUCGGCUGUACAGGCGGCACACGUCGCCAGCGGAGCAGCAGCACAGGCGACCGUUGGUGGCGCUGGCGGCAAUGGCGGUGGUAGCGCAGCAACGAGAGGUGUGAAUCAGCGUCACCCGUCGUUGGGGCUGGUAGCGGACACCGGCUCAAACAUGCAGGAGGUUCUCGUCUCCAUGCGUAGCCUGCAGGAGGUGAUGAGCAGCAUGUGGGCCGAUCUUGAGGAGUAUCGCGCGAUGGCGGACCGUGAGCAGCGGCGCGCUGCUGUGCUCAUUCAGCGGUACUACCGCGGUUACCGUGCACGCUGUGAGUACGGGCGAGCUUUCAAACAUCACCGCUCACUGGAACCACCUCCGUCGUCGUGCCCCGCCGCAUGUCGCUGCGCUUUGGAAACCGCCUCUCUGCAGGAGGAGGUGAAUGAGCUGCGCAGCGAGGUGAGGGAGCUUCGUGUGCUUCUCCACCAGACGACGCGCCAGCAGCGACUGGCCGCAUACGACGACCCGGAGCUGGCGAUGGACGAAAUCAUCCGCAAGCACGAGCAGCGAAGCGACGCCGAUAUACUUGCUGAGCCGACGUACUACCGGCGCUCAAACAUCAGCAGCCGAUCUCCCAGAGACAUGUCAAACCUCAUCGAGCGAGCAGUUGACGGCAGCGCGUCAGAGAAGAAGGCGGCGGAGGACAUCGACCACGAUUCAUACCAGCCGAUGGCGAACGAUGGCGACGACGACGGCACCACGAGGACGCUGGAAACAAACGACGGUCAACUUUCGGUAAGCGCAGCGCUGUCACAUAGGGUGCCGGUGACCAUGCCACAAUCACCCGAGCUGACCUCUCCAUUAGACAGCAUGUCUUCGAAACAAUGCGCAUCAAUGCAGACGGCGUGCAUCACGAAGUUACGGCCGAACUCGGGGAGCAUAGUGAGCGCUAGGCAGGUUGGCAAGGAGUAG